AUAUAAAGGAAAAUUAGUGGAUCUUAGAACUAAAAAAUCUCAUGAAUCUUAUUUUAUAAAUAGAACUAUAUCUCAAAGAAAAUAUACUAAUAUUACAGAAAUAUCAAAUGAUGAUUCACCUAAUAAUUUGAUAACUUCUUUAGAAGACUUUAUGGAUAUAAAUAAUGGAGAAGAUCUACAAAAAGAGAGUUACAGGUUUUUAGUAAAAAAACAUCAGUAG